AUGCUCUCGUUAUUGCCUUUGAGCGUGUUUCUGUCUUUUACAAGCACUGUACUCGCAGCUGCCGUCCAUAGCCACCCUCAUCAAGGGCAUUCUAAACGCCAGGUAGAGUCAAACACAACAUGGCUGGAAAAUUAUGAAUACGUUGUCGUUGGAUCGGGACCCGGCGGCGGUCCGGUUGCUGCCAACUUAGCCAUUGCAGGCUUUAAAGUUCUCUUGAUAGAUGCUGGAGACGACCAAGGCGGUGCGUUACAGUACCAAAUUCCUGCUCUCCAGCUGCAGUCAACGGAAUACGAACCGAUGCGAUGGGAUUAUUUUGUCAACCAUUAUUCCGAUGAGGCACGACAACAGAAGGAUUCGAAAAUGGUGUACCAAACGACUUCUGGCGAGCAGUAUGUUGGGCUGCACCCCCCAACCGGCUCAACCCCUCUGGGAAUUCUGUACCCAAGAGCUGGAACACUUGGUGGUUGCUCAGCUCACAAUGCUUUGAUCACGAUCUAUCCACAUGACAGUGACUGGACAAAUAUUGCGGCCAUUACAGGAGAUGAUUCCUGGAGACCAAACAAGAUGAGAAAGUAUUUCAUGAAGCUAGAGAGGAAUCGCUACCUUCCCAGCAGCAUCAUUGGCCAUGGCUUUGAUGGGUGGCUUGGGACAGCUCUUACAGACCUGUCGCUUGUGAUUGAAGACCCAAAGCUCCUCUCACUCAUCAUUGCUGCGGGCACUGCAAUGGGCAAGGGCCUACUUGGACUUUUGGUCAACACUGUUGUCGGUCUUUCUGAAGUUUUGCUUCGCGACCUCAAUGCCCCAGGACAGUCUAGCAAGGUCGGACUCUACCAGGUACCCCUCGCUAUGGCUGACUCGAAACGAAAUGGACCUCGCAACUUCGUUCUAGACACAGCCAAUGCUGUCAACAAGGACGGUUCUCGGAAGUACAAUCUCGAUAUCAAGCUCACGACUCUCGUCACCAAGGUUCGCUUCUCCCAAGACGGACCAACCCCCAAAGCUGUUGGCGUAGAUUUCCUCGAUGGUCAAAGCCUCUACAGAGCCGAUCCCCGAUCUGGUUCUGCUACAGUUACUGGCUCUGGAAGCGUGAAUGCCACACGCGAGGUUAUUCUGGCAGCUGGAGCUUUCAACACCCCUCAGCUCCUCAAACUCAGUGGUGUCGGCCCAGCCACCGAGCUCGAAUCUUUCAACAUCCCGGUCAUUGUCGACCUUCCCGGUGUUGGCACCAACCUACAAGAUCGCUACGAGAACACCGUCAUCGGCGACAGCCCUACUGAUUUUUUCAUCACAAAGAAAUGCACCUUCUUGGAGACUAUGCCAGAUCCUUGCCUAACAAGGUGGACCAACGGCAUUGGCCCAAUCACUAAGGGAACCUACGGCACCAAUGGUGUUGCCAUCGCCGUCGUCAAGAAGUCGUCCGUCGCUGAGAACGAACCUGAUCUCCUCAUCUCUGGCGCACCGGCCAAGUUCAAGGGCUACUUCCCUGGAUACUCGAAUGACUCCCUCCACGACGCUCAUCACUGGGCUUGGAUUGUGCUCAAGGCGCACAGCAGGAACAACGCCGGCGCCGUCACUCUCCGUUCUACCGACCCGCGCGACAUGCCCAACAUCAACUUUAACUCCUUCGACACGGGUGUGACCGCCAACGACGCAGCUGACAAGGAUCUCCAGGCCGUCUACGAAGCGAUGGAGUUCUCGCGCAAGAUCUUCAAGGAUCUGAUUCCCCUCGACGGUGGUUUCACGGAGGUCUGGCCAGGCCCAAAUGUCACCACGGAGGCAGAGAUGAAGGAAUUCAUCAAGGAGGAGGCAUGGGGACAUCACGCUAGCUGCACUUGCCCUAUUGGAGCUGAUGAUGACCCAAUGGCGGUACUGGACUCGAAUUUCAAGGUCAGAGGCGUCGAGGGGCUGAGGGUCGUUGAUGCUAGCGUCUUCCCCAAGAUCCCAGGGUUUUACAUCACCGCACCAAUCUAUAUGGUGAGCGAGAAAGCGAGCGAGGUUAUCAUCCAGGCUACAUCGGCAUGA